GCCCAAAAAGGUAAUUAUAAGGAAAAUUAGAGAGGAGAAGGAGGGUGCUGGUUUGAAUGGUGUUGGUUGUACUUGUAACAUCAUGCACAAUGCACAGAAGUAAGAGAAAGCUACAAGCUUGAAGCUUUAGAAUUUAGAGGCAGAUGUAAGCACCGUAGCCAAAAUCAUGAACCGCACAAGCAUAUAGCAACACGUUUCUUGGGUGACUUCCCCUGCAAUGUUAUUCAACAAGCUUUAUUUAUUUAUAAUAAUAUAAGAGGAAUAUCAAUUAGCAAGCAAGAGAAGAGAAAAUGUUGAAGAUGGCGGCAUGGCUUAUUCCUCUUUUCAUUCUUUGUUCCUUGGGUCUUACUGGUGCUGGUCAAGAAUCCGUUGAGUUCAUAACCCUGUGUCAGACAACUGAAGACAUUCUAGAAGCAUCUUCAUCAACCAAUGCUGGUGGUUCUCCUCCCUUGGCUGUUCAUGUGAGCCAUGGAGACCUCAACGGAGUCUCUAGCAGCAUUCUAUUGGCUGAAACUUGGCUCAGGUCCAACGUUCUUGCCUAUUACCCUGCUUCAAACAUCACCACCAUUCUUGUCACCAACCAUGAACACCAACACAACCAGAACCUGGGUUUGGUUCUUCAUUCUCUCAAGAAUCUCCAUCACUCCCUAAAGAGGUGGGGUUUGGAAAAACACAUCAAAGUUUCCUUUGCUUUAUUCCCUUUGAACUCUUUCUACAAUAACGAUGACUUCAAAAUGGUGAAACUCAAACCCAUUGUAGAGUUCCUCCAAAGUGUGAACUCCACAUACUCUCUCAUCCAUUCACAUUACAAAGACUUAACCUUGGUGUCUUCCCACUUGGACUCCAUUAAAAAGCUUCGGUUUUUAUCAUUCAACACCAUCAACUUUGUAACCACCACAAUUCCAAAUGGGAGAAGAAGGCUUUCUGCCAGCAAAAUAGGAUCAAUUCCUCCAUUACCGGAAAUAGCUGAGCCACCAUUGGAUUUCCCUGUUCCUUACUCUGCUCCUCCAAAGAAUGUAGAACAAGGAAAGCCUCUGCCUCCAUUGGCUCAAAUAGUUUCUUCACCACCUCCAUUGCAACAACCACCAGCACCAUUCCUUGUUCCGGCACCGGCUAGCCCACCGGAAGGUUUCGAUUUGCCACCUUGUAACCCCAUUGACAACAAUGGCUCCCCUAGCCCCAUGAUUAUACCGGUUCAGAAGCUGUGGUGUGUGGCUAAGCCUCAUGUUCCGGAAGAUACAUUGCAACAGGGUUUGGACUAUGCUUGUGGAGAAGGUGGUGCUGAUUGCACUGAUAUCUUGCCUCAGGGGAAUUGUUACAGCCCUGACACUCUGGUUGCUCACGCUUCUUUUGCCUUCAAUAGUUACUGGCAGAAGCAUAAGAGACAUGGUGGAACUUGCAGCUUCGGAGGAACUGCUAUGUUGAUCAAUUCUGAUCCAAGUUAUCUUCAGUGUCGGUUUAUUCUGAGCUAGGUGAAUGAAGUACUGCAUGUGAAGAGAACAGGAGUGAUGACUUUCUUUAGCUGCAGUUAUGUUUAGAAUUUUAUGUUGAUGGUUAAAUUUGGUUUGGCUUUUGAUUAACUCUGCCACUACUUAAUGGUUUAUAUAAUUAUUUAUAUAUAUUGUAUGAAAUUGGUAUUUAGAGGAUUUAAUUUAUGUCACUGGAACUACUACUAAUUUAGUAAGGAGAGAAGAUGAGUUGUAGUUAUUGCUUA